AGUGUGCUACAUGUACAUAAUAACGAAGUUCCCGUGAUAGCUGCAAGUGCAUACAUUAAAUCUACUUCCUUAGUGUUCCUGUAUAUUUCUCAUGGACCAAGUUUACAAUCUCGUGUGACGUGAUUGAGAUUCGUGAUGACCCACACUUGGAGACGUUUGUGACGUCACCCCAUUGUUGAUACAGUCUUUCUGCCAACAAGACGUGUUCUCGCGUAUCGCAUGAUGAAGAUUGAAAUAGUUGAAAUCAACACCCCGCCUUCACUCCAGUUUUGGAGUGGGGCUCAAGAAAGUUCGUUUGUCGCUUUUUACGAUGGUAUCGUAUCCAACGCAGUAAAAUUCCUACCAGGAGUCGUAGACAUGAAGACCCCAGGCGCUCGGAGUAAGUCAGAACUCGUGGAAAAGGAAAGUCCCCAUGUCGCAUUUUACCAUGGGAGCGCAACCAGGGCCCCGGCGAUUUUGCCAGGUAUUCGACAACACCUGAAGCCUCAGCCAUUACGAAAUGUGCAACUGGUCGGAUUCAUCAAUAUGGAAAGUCCACACAUCACAUACAACGAAGAGAUCCUGUCAAUGGCACGUACAUUGGUGCUGGAUUAUAAAGACUUCCUGGCGGACCAGCUCUCAAGCCUUCUGAACCUAGCUCUACUCAAGCGUGAACAAAGUCUGUCCACCGCCUACAACCAAGCGAUGUUAGCCACAUUGAAUCCAGGUGAGGUUGAAUCUCAAGUGACCCCUCCCUCCAACUCAUGGUAUCUGGCUGGACUCAAGAAUGGACUCCCCUUUGUCGCAUUUUACGACGGGAUCGCAGCCACGGCAGUUACAUUCUUACCAGGAGCUGUAGAGCAGAUAAAUACCUCGACCCCAGGAAACAGGGUUGGACCAUUUGUUGCGUUUUACGAUGAGAUGGUAGCCACUGCACAAAUAUUCUUACCAGGAGCUGUAGAACAAGCAUAUGCCUUGACCUCAAGCCACGGAAACAAGGUAGGACUCAUGAGACACCCCGAUGUCGCAUUAUACAAAGGAAUCAGAGCCCCGGUACCUGCACUAAUGCCGGUUGACGUACAACACCUGAAGCCUCAGCCAUUACGACAUGUGCAACUGGUCGGAUUCAUCAAUAUGGAAAGUCCACACAUCACAUACAACGAAGAGAUCCUGUCAAUGGCACGUACAUUGGUGCUGGAUUAUAAAGACUUCCUGGCGGACCAGCUCUCAAGCCUUCUGAACCUGGCUCUACUCAAGCGUGAACAAACUCUAUCUACCGCCUACAACCAAGCGAUGUUAGCAACAUUGAAUCCGGGUGAGGUUGAAUCUCAAGUGACCCCUCCCUCAAACUCACGGUAUUUUACUGGACUCAAGAAAGGACUCCCCUUUGUCGCAUUUUACGACGGGAUCGCAGCCACGGCAGUUAUAUUCUUACCAGGAGCUGUAGAGCAGAUAAAUACCUCGAUCCCAACAAACAGGGUUAGACCAUUUGUUGCGUUUUACGAUGGGAUGGUAGCCACUGCACAAAUAUUCUUACCAGGAGCUGUAGAACAAGCAUAUGCUUUGACCUCAAGCCGCGGAAACAAGGUAGGACUCAUGAGACACCCCGAUGUCGCAUUAUACAAAGGAAUCAGAGCCCCGGCACAUGCACUAAUGCCGGGUAACGUACAACACCUGAAGCCUCAGCCAUUACGAAAUGUGCAACUGGUCGGAUUCAUCAAUAUGGAAAGUCCACACAUCACAUACAACGAAGAGAUCCUGUCCAUGGCGCGUACAUUGAUGCUGGAUUAUAAAGACUUCCUGGAGGGCCAACACUCAAGUCUUCUAAACCUUACUCUUCUCAAACGUGAACAAAGUCUAUCUACCUCCUACAACCAAGCGAUGUUAGCCGCACUGGAUCCAGGUGAGGCUGAAUCUCAAGUGACCCCUCCCUCAAACUCACGGUAUCUGGCGAGACUUCCAUUCAUCGCAUUUUACGAUGGGGUCGCAGCCACGGCAGUAGUAUUCUUGCCGGGUCAUUUGAAAACCAUGGAGUCUGCGCCAUCAACUCCAAGAUACGCAACUCGAAUGGAGACUGGACCAAGCCACGACAACGUAUAUAACUAUGGGAUCUUAACCAAAGCGCGAGUUUUUCUACCAUUCCCCCAGAAAGAGAGACCACCGGAAGUCGAACCCUCAAACCCACGCCCGCUAGUUCGACCCCAAUGGAGUCGGGUUGAAAAAUAUCGUCUGCUCAAAGACAAACUGGACGGACUUCCGCUGAGGUACAAGCCCCGUUCCACCAAGUACAUCACCUUCAAGGAAAAAGAAAUGGACACGCGGAGACGUAUCCUCAACACCAUCCCCUCCCUGAAGCCUGUCCCCCCUGGCAGCUGCCUGGCCCGGAGUCCGCUCACACCCUGGUACUGGCUGGAGGACGUCCACCCCGAAAUGGUCUCAGCCACCCUGAAGGACCUGGCCAGUCAACACAUGAAGUACUUCAGGGCAAGUCCCAGCAGGGCACCAGGUCAACAGGCAGGUCGAUCGCAGAUCCAGAUCAUGGAGGACCUGUACUGGGAGGAGCUGAGGACAAGGGGUGCACCGGGCACAACGGAGGAGAUGUACAGCAGACUUCGGCAGGAGAUGAGCUUCACCAGGAAACUCUGGUUCGACCAGAAAGGCAAGUCAAUGUUCAACUGCAAAAUUGCCCAGCUAAACGACUCAGCCUGUCUUAACACAAAUAACAACGGUUACACCAAAGAAGAAGGUGACUGUGAUCUGGACGCUGCCAACUCUUCUGUCUUUGGGACCAAGUCGGACCAGGUGUUUUCCAGGGGUCAGGAUCUUGCCAGAAAGAAGCCAAGGCACAGCUACCUGAACAAACGCCACUCCAAUGGCUACAGGUCACGUAACAGGGGACCAACGGAUGCGGGAGGAGCUUAUGUUGAUCAUGGCAAAACGUGUAUCGAGCCAGAGCAAACACAGAAUGACACAGUGGAGGAUACAGAUCAUCUCCCAGAUUCCACACUGCAACAGUGCCACAGCAGGGACACACAGCUGACGCAAAGAGAAGGAAACAAAACAUUCACUCGGAUUAAAAAGGUUCCUGUUUUUGGUCAGAUGUCUUCAACUGCCAACGAGGCUUCUACCUCAGGAGCUGAUAGAAACCAAUUCUUUGAAGAGGAUUUGCUCCAGAAAGAUACCUUUGAGGAAGAUGCUGAACAUCUCAAAGAAUUGUUCAAAGACAUCUCGCAUUUCCAUUCCCUCAGUAAUGUUCCAGAAUCGCUCAUAGAGAAAGUGGUCCAGCUGACAUGCACACCAUUUCUUAAAGGUGGAUACAGCAGUGGCUUGUGUUUCUUAUCAAGCCUCAGAGAGAGCCCAGAGUAUUGUGCUGGACAACCCAUCCAGAACCUAGAACAGUGUGUGGGUCAGUGCAGGUCAACAGGGAGGACUGCAGUGGGUCACACAGACUCUUCAACAGAGAGGGAAGAGGACAGCACUAUCCAGAUGCAGAGAGACCUAUGGUACAGAGAGGAGUGCUGUAUGAGACUUGAACAGUUCCCAGUGUUGGAGGAUAAUCCUACCAAGGAGGAUGACUUCAUGGGAGACCUUUCCUUCACAGACAACUGUCCAGAUGAUAGGGCUGAGUCUUCACAUUCCGUCCUGCACGAUGACUUCAGCCACUAUGAUGACAUCCUGGACAUUCCCACCUUGAGCAUCCUGUCUCCACCACGUGACUCUCUCGGACAAGCCUUCCACAAUGAUCAUGACGUCAGCUCUCUGUCCACCCCUGACCACGAUGAGGACAAGCCAGCCAGCCAUGAACCCUUUCCUUCUGAGUACGUCUUCAAGAGGGGGUGUGGACCUUCCUUCAGCAUGUCUUCAGAGUUCUGGCACAUCAAGAUUCCAACUCUUCCUUCACACAUGGUCCACUACAAGGUUGAACAGGAUGGCCUCACUGAAAUAGUCAUCGGCUCUGGAUCUUUCGGGGAGGUGUAUGCAGCAACACUGACGGUGUCCCCUGGCCAGAGUAGAGAUGUGGUUGUUAAACAACACUUUACAGACAGGACAACACAGGAGGCCAUCGCUAAUGAGGCAAAGAUCACCAUGUACCUUGAGUCCACAGGCUGUGUCCCCAUCUGUUAUGGACUAUUGAGUGAUGAGGAGGAUGGCUACAGCAUUGUGAUGGAGUAUGUUGGUUCUGGACAAACGCUCCGUGAUGUUAUGUGCGAGUCAGAUAUGCCAAGAUUACACUGGCUGAAUAUUGCAUGCCAGCUAGUCAAUGGACUGAAAAAAAUCCACAAGAAAGAGGUUCUCAUUAAUGACAUCAAGUCAGACAAUAUCCUAGUAGACAUGUCUGGAGAACUGCCCUUGGUCAAGUUCUGUGACAUGGGAACAGCAUCAUACAAAUCCGGGGUAACGUACAGAGGAGACAUGGAGAAUUGUUUCCAUCUCGCUCCAGAGGCGUGUGCUCAUGCUAAGACAACCCCUGCAUGUGACGUAUACAGUCUUGGAAGAGUCCUGAAUAAGAUACAUGGCGCCUCACACAUCUCAGCCUUGUUGUCACUUUCUGAUACGUGUAUGGCUGAGGAUCCCGCUGUCCGCCCCACUCUCUGGACUGUAAACCAGCGGCUGCAGGAGGAGUACAUAAAUGAGGCCCUGUUCCCCACGCUAACUGUGCCGUCACAUGGUUACCUGGACUCCAGUGAUGAGGAACCAGAGGAAGAAUCUGCCGGAUCUGUACUCAAAGUUAACACACCUAUUGACAAAGACUUAUCUACAGCUACAGGUCUUAGCUCCGCUGAAGUCAAUGGUGCUGUGUCAAGGGAUGGUCCACCUAGCAGAGGCAGCAAUAGAAGCAACAGGAGCGGCCAACAUGAACUAGGUACAUCAGUAGCUGAAGCUUAUCCGGAUGAGAUCCAGGACAUCUAUUCCAUUUCCAUUGAUCAUGUGCCACGUAUGCACGUCUCCGUUUCGUCUGAAGGACACACUAUACCCAGAGUGAACAUGCCAAACGACAUCCUGUACUCUGCUGAGAUCACAGAUACAUCUGCUGGUGCUGCCAAGUCUGCACAAAAUGAAAUUCCAGUUACCAACACGAAUGCUGCUACUUUCAAGUCUGCACGAGAUGGAAGUCGAACUCUGGUUAACAAUAUGAAUAUCUCUUCUUCAAAGUCUACACGAAAUGGAAAUGGAAGUUUGGAUGCUAUCCCAGCAGUGGGAACUUGUGAAGUCUCCGCUUCCUUCAAUUCACCAAAUGGAUCUUAUGUGUUCCACACACAAACUGUGCCUACAUCUCCACCAUCUGUGACGACACCUACUCCUGCAUCACCCUGUGCAUCUUGCCACUUCCACAGGACAUCGGCAUCCCUGGAACUGUUCUCUGCUGUUGUCUCUCCCAAGGUUUCCUCUGCCACGGAAACUCCCGACGCUGCAUCUAGUGAACUUAAAACAUCCUCAAGUCAUAGUCUUGAUACUUCAUCCGACACGUUUGUUGGUGCUGCCGAGGAUCAGUCUCAUGCUGAUGCUAACUCUGAGGGUCGUCGUUCUGAUGCCGAUGUUAACGAGGCUGCUGUCGUUCCAGCCGUUGCUGCUGUAGACGUGAACGAAACUUCCACUAGCCUGGAAGCUCCUCACGUGGCGGCGUACCGCGCUCUGUGCCAGGCAGAGCUGGAGGUGUACAACAAGCACUGGGAGGACACACCAGUGUACGAGGGUUAUCUGCCCCUGGUCUUGUCACUGUUAAUGCUUCCCCUUGGGAUAUUGGGAUUCAUACAGACUUUAGAUGGGGUUUAGCGAACAUAUUGUUAGGAGAAAAUGUAUCAUUUGAGUAUGUGUGAUUGAAGUCUUGUUAUUAGUUCUACUGAAAGGUGGAAAAAAAGACUGAUGUGAUAUAAAUUAUCAUAUUUUUUAUACCAAGAAUGAUGUAUAACAUACUGUACUUUCUAUGUUAAGGUAUUGCUAUGAAUAUCUCAGCUGGUGACGUUUUAAUUGUUAAUGUAUAUUUGAUUUACAUUUUAUUUCAUGUAAUGUGUAUUUUCGUCGAGGGUGAUGUUAUGAAAAUUGCAGAAAAUAUUGGAAUGACGUGUUCAUCAUUAUAUUAUUGCCAAUAUAGCAUGAAAUAUUUUUUUUGUAAAAGCAGCUAAUUGAUCAACGAAAGUAUUGAUCAACUUUCUCUUAAAAUAGCAUUAUUAAUUAUUUAUAUUGAUGAAAUUCGUUCCACAAAAAAAUUAUUCCUUUCAAUAAUAUUUGAAGCACCUGUGAUUCCCUGUCCUGUGAUUUUGCUAACACAUGUCAUUGUUGUGCAUGGGGGUCUGUGAUAAUUCGUUGCAUACAUGUACACCGUAUUUAUUUAUGAGUAUUAUAGAACUUAAAUACAAUGACGAUGCUGCUCUUUUGCCAUUUUCUUAUAUUAUGAAUUUUGUCAUCUAACAUAAAUGUUUAUGCAAAUACACCGA